GUGGGAUUGAGAGUUGUGGAGACGGAGUGAGACAGAAGACAGGCAGGGAGGGGAGAGAGAGGGAGGGUGCUGUUAUUGUUGGCGUGUUUUUGGUUUCGCUUUUAGGGUGAGUGAGGGAGAGAGGAAGGACUUAUAUAGCAUUUUAGGAACGGGAUACGUGACCAGGCGCAGCGGCGUGAAAGGAAGUUAAUUACACAAAUUCCGGACUGCAUCGCACCACUGCAAAGUUGCGGCGAGAAGUAGCAGUUCUUCUCCCCUUCCUCCCCCGCAUAGGCAGGCAGGCUCGCUGUUUUCGUUGCUGGGGGCCAGGGACAACCUCCUGCUCUGCUCGCAAAUCGAGUCCUUCUUCAUGGCACCUUUGAUGCCGCUCAGCUGCUUCUUCUAAGUAGUGGCAUCCCUAUUGGGUCUCCCUCCCCUGCUCGUCACUCCCCACCUCGUGCUGUAAUUGCCUGUGAUCAGGAAUGGAAGGACGGGUAAGCCACAUCUAGAUGUUAGGAGCCUUGGUGAAUUCGAGCUUGCUUUUGUCAGUGAGGAGCUAGCACACACACUCUUGUUGUUUGCUAGAGCACUCGACAGCAAAGUUCGGGAUGCGCGGUUUCUAAGAGUUGAGUAGCCUCGGGAAAAGAUUGAGGGACCGAAGGCUGAGGAAGGUGUUGAAUCGCCGCCGCUGUGAUUUUUCCAUUGUUGUGCUCGGCGCCAACACGAUUGCUGUUAGAUGAUGAGCAAAUUAUUGGGCGUCUAAACUCUCGGAGUUGGCUCAAGAGGUCGUCCGUGCUCGCAACGAAUUGCAGUGGAAUGAGACGGUACGGUGUACUCGGUGUGUAGACAAGGUUCUGUGAAAAACUAGGGCUACAGCAGAGACGAGUGAGGGGGGAUUGAGCGGAAGCAUCGGCAGUGUAUGUGAAGGAGUUGUUGCCGACACUUGCUUUCUCUCACGAGAUUACUUGCUGAGGACGUCUUCCUUGUAUUUGUCGAAUCCAAACUCUCUAGGCUGUGCGAGUGCUUAGCAUGUUGCUCGGAUGAAGCGAUGGUGUUGUCGCUCGCGCAUAGUGUCCAGUGUCAAGCUCUUCAGCUGCGGGUGCUAGCGCGUUUUGCUUCGUUUUUUUACUCUACGUGGAACCCCUGGACAGUACUUCUCUUUCCUUGAGUGGAAAAGUCUAAAACCCUGCAUACGUGGUCUAUCGUUCGAACGGAGUGGGACGCAAUCUUCUGCCGGCUUUAAUUACUGGAGUAUCAGAGACGAUGACGGCUCUGCUUCUGUUGGGAGGAAUAUCGUCAGCGCCGACCGACGCUGGAUUGCGGACAUUGAUACGCCGCUCGUAGGCUGAUGGGGCAGCUAUAGUGGUCUUUCAAGCUGUGUAAAACAAGCGCAACUGGUAGCGACAUUAAUCAAACACGCAUUAUUUCGAUACCACUUAAAGCACGAAACUGCUGACGAGAACAAUAAUGCAGGAUCUUGUCGAAGGGAUGCAACGUCCAGGCGGCGGAAGCGGCGGAAGUAUGAGCAGCCCCCAAAGUGGAGGAAUGGGUGGUGUACCGGGGCAAGGGUUGCACACACCAACAGCUAUUCGACCUCCGCCGCCUCCAUCACUGAGUAGUAUUACCCCUUUGCAUAGUAUGAGCAGUGCCCUCCCGGAGAGUGGCCCGUCUGGUCCUCGUCCAAUCAAGACUGUGGCACCGCCGUCAAGCUCAGGGAUGAGCAUGGUUAUGGUAGACCCAGGUGCCGGGGGUGGGAAUGGGAGUGGCAGUGGGGCUGGGGCUGAGCAGACUCGUAAGAGGAAGCGAGGGAGGCCUCGCAAAUAUGAAACUGGCGCUGGAUUAACUCCAGGAGUCCCUGGCGGUGGUUUUCCUGUUCUUCCAUCGCUUCUGCCCGGCCCAUCCUCAUCGCCAUAUUCGUCCCCUGAUAGACGAGGAAGAGGGCGUCCACUAGGUUCUGGGAAGAAGCAACAAUUGGCUGCUCUAGGGGUUGUACUAGCGGGUUCAGGGCAAGGUUUCACUCCCCACAUACUGACUGUAAACACGGGGGAGGACGUGGCUACGAAAAUCAUGCAGUUUGCACAGCAUGGUCCACGCGCAACGUGUGUGUUGUCAGCCAAUGGUGCCAUUUCCAAUGUGACCUUCCGCCAGCAGUCGUCAUCAGGAGGCACUGUGACUUACGAGGGUCGCUUUGAGAUACUUUCUUUGUCAGGUUCGUAUCUACCUACGGAUCUUGGAGGUGGUGCUCGGCAACGGACAGGGGGUUUAAGUGUGUCUUUGGCAGGUAUUGAUGGGAGUGUAAUCGGUGGAGGUGUUGCCGGAAUGCUAACCGCUGCUUCUCCCAUACAGGUUGUUGUUGGGAGUUUCCUUUCUGAUUCUUUCAAAACUCAACCGAGGUCCAAAUCUCCACUCAGCUCUGGACCAGGAGGGUCGUCUGGAGCUGGAACAGCUCCGGGAUCAGCGCCUGGAGCUCAGCGUCCUACACCACCCAGACUUGAACCAAAACCAAGUUCAGCAUCUGGUCCUCAGCAAGCACCAUCCGUCCCUUCACUUCCUGGUCAAUCCUCCGUGCCAAGGCCGCAAGCCAUGAGUAUGUUUCAACCGACGUUUACUUGGCAAUUUCCACCCGUUUCAGGAGAAGGUCGGAGGACUGAUAUCAACAUCUCCUUGCCAGGUGGAUAAAGAGUUGAAAGGGCAUAGAAAUUAGUUUCUUGCUGUUACAGACGGGGACCUUGACAACAUCUACUAACUUUUUGGUAAUCCCAUGGAAGAAAUAGGUUCGUUGUAGUACCGAGUACUAUUGAACGUACAUGAUCUGCUUUCUUACAUGGUUGACUGCUGCGAGUUGUCAACCAGGCUUUCACGGAUCCAACAGUUCCCACCGCUGUCGUCAUUGCACAGCUUGUGGAAAACAGAUAUUUAGUAACAUUGGUUGGGGAAAAGCUAAGAGGGGAUGUGGAGGGUUAAAUUUUUUUCAUCGUCGUAACAGGCUUUCUGUGAAUAGAACCUUUUGAGCUAAGUGUAGAGUUAGUUCCUAGUACAAAGCUUUCGUGCACCAGUCUAGCUGUAGAUACAGUUUAAAUUCCUACGCACCAGCAGUAGUUUUACAUGUGUUUGAACAUUCAAACCUGGGCGGAUGCUUAUUUAUGGGAUCUUCAUUGUACCUCUGUUGAAUGGGGGUUGUAUUUUGGAACAUUAGUAUGCCAUUAAAAGCAUUUCUGGCAAGACCUUGGACGGUGUUGCGGUGCCUCAUGAAAUGCGGAACCCUACUAAACCAUACUGAGACGGACUUGAAAGUGCUUUGCUCAUAAACCCGAUAUCGGUUAUGAA